AUGAAAAAACUAAUUACUUUAAUGUUGGUUCAAAAUAUUGUGAUUGAUGGGCAAAUUCAAGUUUUACCUAAAGACGGCUUAGAUUUGUUCAAUGACAUGAUGAGAUACUUGUUCGAUAAUUGUCGAACGGAAUUUGGAACCAUAGGAUUUUGGGGCACGGAGAGAAUUUUUCUAGCAGACGAUGAAGUUGAUUUCGUUCUGCUGAACGACAAUGAGGUGUUUGAAAGAUUGCCGACCCGAAAAAUAAAAUUUUUGGUAAAGAUUUACAAAGAAUUGAAUCUUAGCAGACCAGUGAUAAAUUUGUCCGCAGCGCUACCGACGCCGGAAAUAGAAACGGUUUUUGUUUUUGACAAAAGUGGUUACAGGCCUGUGAUUGCCAAUGACGAAUUUGAAUGGUAUCAACGUAGGUUUCAAAAUUCUAAAGUUUAUUAUUGUUUCGAGUGGGAUGGACAAAUUGGCAUAAUAGCUUUAAAUUCAUUUGCAAAUGUUGCUCCAGUAUUUUGGAAGGGGGUUAUGAAACAUAUCCGCACAUUAAUCCUGAUAAUAGUGUCGUACAGUGGGCAUUCUGUAGUGACUGGUGGGACAUUUGACUCUGGAAUUCCAUCAAUUAUAAGCUCUAAUUAUGUAACUGAAACUUAUACUAUAGACCAGAUAGUAACGCACAAUCGUGGAUUAGCGACGCCUUUGGAAAAAAUGUUUGAGUUUUACGGAUGGCUAAUCCCCGUCGCAACUUUAAUCAUCCUUUUGAUUGUAUUAGUCGUCAUUUAUCCAUCAAGCAGUGUAAAUGAUUCCAAGUUAUCUUUUGCAGCUUUUGAGUGCUUGAGAUUACUGAUAGGCAAUUCGAUUUACACGCGGAUGGACACAGAUAAGAUACGAAUAUUUUUUUCUGUUAUAUUCUUCUACUUUCUGGCCAUCCAGACAACUUUUUCCGGUCAGCUCGCAGCUUUUUUGACCAAACCUGUGUACAGAAAAAAUGUCGAGACUCUAGUAGAUCUAGAGGACCCUCGUUACGCUAAAAUUUACGCAGAUGAGUCACUUUAUAACUACAUCGAACUCACGCCGCUAUACAACAAUACUUUAUUUGGCGUAAAUAAAUGUGAAGAAUACAUCGAAGAUCCAUCAGUUGCUUGCAUUGACCAACAAAACUAUUUAACUCCGUUGAUAGCAACUUAUAAUUUGCAUACACCCAAAAAAUUUGUUAAACUAAGUUACAGCACAUUGUGA